AUGUGCCUGAACGGGGCCGCAGCAAAGGGUCAGUGCUGGCAAGUCCUCGACACCAACCUCUUCGGAACGAGUGUCAAGUUGGCAUUCUACUACAACUUUCUGGAUGCUGCCUGGGAGAUUCCCAACCGAAACGUCUACAACCCCAAGGAGCAGCCCCUUGGAUUCACGGUCAAGUUCUCGGCGACUGCACUUGAUGUAGCUCCUGGUACGACUGGAGUUCCGACGGUGACUUUCAUCGAACCUGCAGGUAUUGAUGCGAAGCUUUUCCCGAUCUAUGGCGGAUACAUCAAUAUUAUCGGCUCUAACGACGAGUCUCUGCGGGUGACAUGCGCUGAGAAUGAUACCUUCAAGAUGACAAUCGAAGACACCUUUACCAUUGACUUUGACAUCCUCUGGUCUAGUCGUGAAAUCAGCUUCGAUAACAAAUACUUUGGCUCCCUUCAACAUUACAACCUCAUCUUGGACGCCUACUUUGAUGCCCCCGUUCAACAGUACCCGCGCCUGCCCUCGAGCACCUGGUGGCCGAGCGGCAACUUCUCGCACGGCAGUGCGAUCGAGAGCGGUGAGUACAAGAUCCUUUCGAGGGAGCUCCGGACCUAUGGUGAUGACCACAACAUUAGCGACUGGCAGAUCAGGGUCUCGCCGAGGAUCAUCGUCGACAAGGAUAAGGCUUGA